AUGCGGGUCCGGGGCUGGCGGACUCUACACCGCGGGCCCCGCGCAGCCCAUGGCCGCUCCGGAGUCGGCGUGCUGCGGCCGAGCGCCGGGAGCAGGCUGCGCGAGCGGAACACCAGGCUGAAGCGACGGCGGCGCGCGCGCCCAGAGCUUACCCACCCUCCCCGCCCCGCGCGGCUGCGGCGCGUGCGCCCGCGCGAGACGACCUCCGCGGCCCGGGGGGCGCGCGCCCCGCCCCGCCCCCCGGCGCCUAGACGCGCGGCCCCCGCGCCUCAGCCGGCGACCGCGCGCGGGAAUGAAGCGCCGAGGGACGGCGGGAGGGCGGCGGCUCCACAUGGGCUCUGCGGCCUGCCCCGACGAGCUGUGAGUCCGGGUGCCAGUGGGCGCCCCCCACCAGCUCCGGGCUGUGCGGCGCUGGGACUGCGGCAGCCCGGACGCCUGCGGCAAGGUCAGUGCCCGCCCGGAGGAGGCGGCCCUGGGGAGGCCUCCGCGGGGAAUGCCGCCGCUCCCAGUCCCGCCCGCACCGUGGCGCAGCGGAAGCAUUCUGCCGCCCGCACCUGCCUAGAGAGGGGACACAGCAAGGAUCCUAUUGAACUAUCAGCGAUGGCUGCCACCAGGGCAUUUUGGACUCCUGUGUCCAGGGACCAGCCUGAGAGAAGAGCCACCAUAUUGGCAGAAGUAAUUGACCCUGAUCAGCAGGAGAAGGCAUUUCCCCCAGUUUCUUGCAAGUCUAGUCUGAUCUUGGUGUCUACUUCUUGGACCUGAACUGACACAGGUAGGUAGAAAUUUACUCACUUUAUAGAUGAAGAAACUGUGCUUCAGGGAGGUUGAGUAACCUGCUCAAGGUUAUAUAACCAAUAAGUGGCAGAGCCAUGAUUUAAAUCCAGGAUCAUCUGGCUUCAAAGCCCAUGUGCCUAGAUUUCAUAUUUCUGUUUUCUUGCGUCUGCAGUUUCUGUUAGCUUCAUUCUCCCCCAGUCUCCUGGAAAGGCUUUUGAAUGUUCUAGUCUGUCUCUACCCUGCAAAGGCAGGAGGACUUUUGAGUACUACACUUGUAACAGAAUGUGAAAGAAAGAACAUUGUACUCUUGGGGUCAGUUACAGUUCUUGGGUUUAAAGAACCCACCUGGGAAGGAGAAAUUAAGGGGACAGGGUUGCUGAACUUCCCCUCCCUUCCUGGAGAGUCUUUCUGGAGAGUUAAACCAUGAAAGUUCAGUUUUGUUUUAUAAGAGAAACUGUAUGUGUUUAUACCCAUGAUCUUACUAGUACUUGUCCCUCCUUUAUGCCCCUCAUCUUCUAUGAAUUUGUGAGUUUUCCUCUUAAUUAAAUACGACACAAAAUUUUUAAGGAGUGAAAAUCAAGGGCUGUGUGGACUUUGUGGCUAGGCAUCACCUGUGGAAUUCAUUCACCCUUUCCUGAUCACAGUUUCCCUCACUGCCCUGGCUGGCCUCAAGGAGAUUGUGCUCUCUUACCAUGCGGAUUCUCACGUGAACAUACGGUUUUUGUGAGAUUCUUUAUCGAAAACUGGAAUAUCUGAAUGAGAUGUUAGUAAAGGAUAACAAAAGGAAAACCAACCUAGGGAGUGCUGUUUGCCUAUUGCAGGCAACAUGGCUUUCAAGUCAGGUUUGUUUUCAGAGUCUGCAGGAUGCUUUCCAUCCCUGGACAGCUCAGCCAAGGUCGUCCCUUCCUGGCCCUUUCCAUUAGGUGAAAACCACUACCUUUUACAGGAGUGAGGCCAGCUAGCUGUCUGCCUCAGGGCCCACCUUAAUUGUUCUGUUUCAAAUAAAUUGUUCCCUUUCUUUUUUGAGGACCCUUGCUUACCCUAGAUGUUUGACUCAGGGAGUCUCUUCACCCAACUGCUGAAACUCCCUUUCCAGUAAGGAUGCAGUUUCCACAAUGUAUCAUAAUUUAACCUCUUCUCCUUGCCCAUCUUCAUCAUCAUUCUUAUCUCUACUGGAUCAUUCCCAUAUUCUCAUCAGCACACAAGCAUGCUGUGAUAUACCAUCUUAACAAAAAACAAACCACAGAACUGCAAAUCACAGAACUACAAACCACAAACAGUACAGAAAUGUAUUCUACAACCAUUUUCAAUUUAUGGCUCUUUUCUCUGUUCUCCUUUCUAGCAUAACUCUUAUCUGUUUCCAGUGCCUCUCUCCCCAUUUUUUCCUGAACCUACCACAUCAAUUAGACUUUCAUUCCUACCAUUCCACUGAGAAUCCUCUUGUGAAGGCCACCAGUGGCCUGCAGUUUAUGAAACUCAGCAUUUAAUUCUAAGUCCCCAUCUUGCUUAUCCACUAGGCAAUAUUAACAUAGUCGAUCACUCCUUGGGACCUUCAA